GGACACAUGGGACUUCUGCAUCUCCAUACAGUAUCCAGAUAAUUUCCCCCGCGUCUAUAACUCCAUAUCAUCAAUUAAUUCGAUUAAUUCUAUUAAACGUCUCUCGCCAUGGAUCUUGCCAGCUUGAAGGAGGCCGCGUCCAAUUUGACGUUGUACGAUUUGAAGGCGGGUGUGCGAAAAGUACAAAAUGCUGUCAUGAAUUAUACGGAGAUGGAGGCCAAAGUGAGGGAGGCUACAAACAAUGAGCCAUGGGGUGCAAGUUCUUCCUUAAUGCAGGAAAUCGCCAAUGGCACAUAUAACUACCAACUACUCAAUGAGAUUAUGCCUAUGAUUUACAAGAGAUUUACAGAGAAAGCUGCCGAGGAAUGGAGACAAAUAUACAAAGGAUUACAGUUACUCGAGUUCUUGAUCAAGAAUGGCUCGGAGCGUGUCAUUGAUGAUGCGCGAUCGCAUUUGACACUCCUCAAGAUGUUACGCCAAUUUCACUUCAUCGACCAGAAUGGCAAAGAUCAAGGUGUAAACGUGAGAAACAGAGCUAAGGAAUUGGCUGAGUUACUUAGUGAUGUCGACCGGAUUCGGGCGGAACGAAAGAAAGCACGAGCUACUCGAAAUAAAUAUACCGGAGUUGAAGGUGGAGCAGGAUUGGGCGGUGGAAUGUCCAGUUCCAGUAGAUAUGGAGGAUUUGGGAGUGAGGAACAAGGUGGUUAUGGCGGAUAUAGUGGAGGUGUAUAUGGAGAUGGUGGUGGAUUUGGGGGUCAGACUAGCGAUUUCCAAGAUUCCGGUAAUCAAGGAGAUUUUGGUGGCAGUAGUAGCCGCAGAGACAAGUUUGAGGAGUAUGAUGAAUAUGACGAGGGUGCGGCUCCUUCGUCGUCACGAAGACAGGCCGAAAGCUCUUCAGCAUCAUCCAAUCGCAAAAGAGCUGGAACCGAGCGAUCGACGAAAAAGGUUGAGCCUCCAAAGAAGAAGGAACCAGAAGUCGACUUAUUCUCUUUCGAUGACCCAAUACCGGUAUCUACACCAGCAGUUGCGCCUGCAGCAUCGAACGCUUUGGCCGAUGAUGAUGACUUCGAUGAUUUCCAGUCCGCGACACCCGUACAACCAGCCGCGCCGGUAGCAUUCUCCCCAGUCUUACAGCAUUCCGCUACUACGACCAGCAAUACACAAUAUGCCUCACCUCAACCAGUCUCGGCACCAAAAGCUGCAAAUUUGAGUGAUCUAGUUGGGUUCUCUUCAAUUUCACCAGCAACAAGCACCAACAAUACCCCAGCCAACUAUUCUGCAUUUUCUCCGCCUGCAAUGGCUCAACAGCCACGCCCAGUUCAGACAGGCUAUCAAAGUACACAACCGAACUACUUUACAUCCGUUCAAGCCCCCAGCACACAAUCAAAUCCUAUGUCGGCCACAUCCUCCGCCAAAUCACCUACAGCCGCCAAGUCUGGAGGAGAUGCUUUUGGAUCCUUAUGGUCUAGUGCUAGUGCUGGUAUCAAGAAAACUAGCACUCCUACAACUUCAGGUCCAGCUUUAGGACAACUGGCCAAGGAGAAAGCAAGUGCUGGUAUUUGGGGCGCUCCAUCAACAGGAUCAGCCCCUCCACAAACUUCACAACAAAAGCUGGGAGGGGGAUUGGAUGAUCUAUUGGGUUGAAGAAUGUAUCAUGUGAUAGGAUGAGGUUAUUUCUGCGGAGGAGCACAUAUGAUUAGUAGGUAUGCGGUCGGGCGUUACUAGAUAUGAUAAUCAGGCGCAAAAAAUUUAAAUCA